AUGGAGUGGACUUCCUCAAUGAAUGAUAAUGAAACUAUUAACUCUAAUUUCAUUAAGAAUGUUACCUAGUAGCUCUAUGAUAAUAAAAAACCAAGAGAGUUCUAAGAUGGGCAUCGCCAGAAAUCUCAGAGAUAGAUUAACCAAGAUAUCGAAGAACAAAAAGAACUAGAAAAUCAAGAGCGAAAGAGGAAAUAGUUAAAGAAAAUAAUGGAUAAAGAUAUCAAAUGUUCAAUAUGCUUGCAUAUGUUCGUCAAACCCAUUUCCUUAGUCUGCGGUCAUACGUUUUGCCAACUUUGCAUUUUCAAAUUUUUCCUAAACAAUACAAGGAAUUGUCCAUUAUGUAGACGACAAGUUACUCAGGCCUUCGAAAAAUACUUGAAAAUUCUCGUUUUGAAUAAUCAGGAGGCACAAAAUAAGAAGAUAAUGCAAAGAGUUCAACUGAAGUUUGACAAGAAUUAUGUUCCUACUGCCUACGAGAGAUUUAUCUGGCUUAUCAACAUGCUCUCCCCUUACUUCAAAACUAUAUUCUUCAUCUUUACUCCUAUCCUUAUCUUACUAUUUUAUGCAAAGAAUCUGAAGGAAGUACAGAAAAGCAAACAACAGGGUAUAACAUUAAUGAAAGAAUUGCAAAAUGACAAUAUAUUCUAUAUAUCAAACUCGAUCGAUCUUAAUUACUACGAAACACUUCUAGUCAGGCUAACUCAACUCCUAUUCUCAAUCUUUGGGUUUUGA